AAUAAUAAUACAUAGAACUCUCUCUCGUGACCACUGUCAUAUCACAUCCUUUUCGGAUUGCCUUCCGCAAAAUCUAGCACUCAUUCCCUCUACAUUUCUUCAAUUUCUUAAUGCUAUAUAUGGUUUCCCUUUUCAUCUUAUAAUAGAAUAUUUUCUUAACAAUCACUCAGAAAAUGUAUCAGUUUGAUAUCAAACUCCUCGUAUAUUUGCUUCUUGUUGUGGCUUCAGGCUACUGCAUGGCCAACGAUGGCGCUUCUAUUCAACUAAAUGAUGAUGUUUUAGGCCUCAUUGUUUUCAAGUCAGAGCUUAAAGACCAUUCUUCGUUUCUUGAAUCUUGGAGUGAAGAUGACAACUCUCCAUGUUCAUGGCGAUUCAUUCAGUGCAAUCCAGUGAGUGGCCGUGUGUCUCAUGUCUCUCUUGAUGGCUUGGGCUUAUCAGGAAAAAUCGGAAGAGGGCUUCAAAUAUUGCAGCAUUUGAAGGUACUUUCGCUUGCACAUAACAAUUUUAGUGGCAAUAUCAGUCCUGAACUUGGUCUCAUCAAUGGCCUCGAAAGACUUAACCUCAGUCACAACAGUCUCUCAGGCCUCAUCCCUUCAAGGUUUAUGAAUUAUACUUCAAUAAAAUUCUUAGAUCUUUCCCAGAACUCGCUCUCAGGACCACUUCCUGAUGACCUCUUUGGUGAAUGUUUAUCCCUGCGCUAUCUUUCUUUGGCCGGUAAUAAUCUUGUAGGACAAAUUUCUAGUACUCUCUCUAGAUGUUCGUCGUUAAACACUCUCAAUCUUUCAACCAAUCAUUUCUCUGGCGAACCGGAUUUCGCUUCAAGGAUUUGGUCAUUCAAAAGGCUGAGGACUUUGGAUCUUUCUAGCAAUGCCUUUUCAGGCUCAAUUCCUGAAGGAGUGCUGAUUCUUCAUAACUUGAAAGAGCUACAACUAAAGGGUAAUAAAUUUUCCGGACCUCUUCCAAAAGAUAUUGGAUUUUGUCCACACUUGAUCAGGUUGGAUUUGAGCAAUAAUUUUUUUAGUGGGGAAUUGCCAGAGUCUUUUAGGAUGCUGAAUUCUUUGAGCUUUAUCAAUGUAUCAAAUAAUAUGUUGACAGGAGAAUUUCCCCAAUGGAUUGGAAAUUUAAGUAGUCUGGAAUUUGUUGAUUUCUCCAACAAUGGUUUAACAGGAAGCCUACCUUCUUUAAUGGGCAACUUGAAGUCACUUAAUUACUUGAGUUUGUCGAAUAAUAAAUUAACAGGAUUUAUUCCAAACUCAUUGGUUGAAUGUACAAAGUUAUCAGUGAUUAAUUUGAGGGGAAAUGGCUUUAACGGUAGCAUACCAGAGGGCUUGUUUGAUUUGGGAUUGGAAGUGGUAGAUUUUUCAGAAAACGGACUGAUGGGUUCCAUGCCACGAGGUUCAAGUAAACUCUUUGAAUCUUUACGGAUACUUGCUUUGUCAAGUAAUAAUCUUGCUGGAAAUAUUCCUGCAGAAAUGGGUCUUUUUGCUAAUUUGAGAUACUUGAAUUUAUCAUGGAAUCAUCUUCACUCAAGGAUGCCUCCAGAGCUGGGAUACUUUCAGAACCUGACAGAAUUAGAUCUUCGGAAUAAUGACUUGUAUGGUUCAAUUCCUGAAGAUUUAUGUGAAUCUGCAAGUUUAGGAAUUCUUCAGUUGGAUGGCAAUUCAUUGGCAGGUCCAAUUCCUGAGGAGAUUGGGAAUUGCUCUUCUCUUUAUUUGCUGACUUUGUCACACAAUAACUUAAGUGGUUCAAUUCCAAAAUCCAUUUCGAAGUUAAACAAGCUGAAGAUUCUGAAGUUGGAGUUUAAUGAGCUAAGUGGAGAGAUACCACAAGAACUAGGAAAAUUGGAAAAUCUUCUAGCUGUAAAUGUUUCAUAUAACAGACUCAUAGGAAGGCUCCCUGUUGCUGGUGUAUUUCCCAGCUUGGAUCAAACUGCAUUGGAGGGAAAUUUAGGCCUCUGCUCACCUUUGUUAAAGGGACCUUGUAAAUUGAAUGUUCCAAAGCCUCUUGUUCUUGACCCAAAUGCAUAUGCCAAUCAAAUUGAUGGUCACAGGCCAAGAAGUGAAUCCUCAAAUCCAAAAUCCAGUCGUCGCAUGUUCCUUAGUGUUUCUGCAAUUGUUGCGAUUUCUGCAGCUGUUAUAAUUGCAUUUGGAGUGGUAGUAAUUAGUCUAUUAAAUGUAUCAGCCAGAAGGAAACUUGCCUUUGUUGAUACUGCCCUGGAAAGCAUGUGCUCAAGCUCUUCGAGGUCUGGAAAUAUCACUGCCAGUAAGCUGAUUCUGUUCGAUACAAGAUCAUCACCGGAUUGGAUCAUCAACAAUCCUGAAGCCCUCCUGAAAAAGGCGGGGGAGAUUGGCGAAGGAGUCUUUGGUACUGUAUACAAGGUACCACUGGGGGCAGAAGGAAGAAUGGUAGCAAUCAAAAAGCUUGUUACAUCAAACAUAAUCCAACAUCCUGAAGACUUUGAACGAGAAGUUAGAGUACUGGGAAAAGCAAGGCACCCGAAUUUGAUAUCCCUGGAAGGCUACUAUUGGACACCUCAAUUACAACUUCUAGUCUCAGAUUAUGCACCAAAUGGUAGCUUGCAAGUCAAGCUUCAUGAAAGACUCCCUUCAACUCCACCGCUUUCUUGGACAAACAGAUUCAGAGUAAUACUUGGAACAGCUAAAGGACUUGCUCAUCUGCAUCAUUUCCGUCCGCCUAUAAUUCACUACAACAUAAAACCCAGCAAUAUCUUGCUUGAUGAGAACUUCAACCCCAAGAUUUCGGACUUUGGCCUCGCGAGAUUGUUGACGAAGCUUGAUAAACAUGUGAUGAGCAAUAGGUUUCAGAGUGCAGUAGGGUAUGUAGCACCAGAAUUGACAUGCCAGAGCCUGAGGGUGAAUGAGAAAUGUGAUGUUUAUGGAUUUGGGGUGCUGAUACUUGAGGUUGUGACAGGGAGGAGGCCAGUUGAAUAUGGAGAAGACAAUGUGGUAAUAUUAAGUGACCAUGUGAGAGUAAUGUUAGAGCAAGGGAAUGCGUUGGAAUGUGUGGAUUCAGGCAUGGGAGAUUAUCCAGAAGAUGAGGUUUUGCCAGUGCUCAAAUUGGCCCUGGUUUGCACUUCUCAGGUGCCAUCAAGCAGGCCUUCCAUGGCUGAAAUCCUCCAAAUUUUGCAAGUCAUCAAGACCCCACUUCCUCAAAGAAUGGAAAUGUUCUAAGAACAUAAUUUCUUAAUUUGACCUGUUGACUUUAUCGUUAUUUUUGUUUAAAUUGGUGUGUUG